AUGAACUCCAUUUUAUCACAUCUCCAUUCAAAGUAUGCAGCAAAGACCUGGAAUGAGACUUUCCAGCUAGUGAGAAGAUGCAUGGACAAACCCAGAGAUGACGGCAAACCCUGUCAGCCGCUACUUCGAGCUCUGGAAAGGCUCCAAGAGGUGUUUACCGCGUCUUCUGUGAAUGUCACAAGAUCUUAUUUGGAGGUGGCGGCCGAACAACGAGGACUGGGUUUCCACGUUACGGAGGCUACGUGCUACCUGACGGCCGACCUCUUCUACCUGGAGGUGACUUUGCUGCCGUGUGGCGGCGUGGAAGACAUCAAAGUGGCACCGCACGGAGGAGACCCGGUUAGUUGCGAUUCCCUCCUGCAGCCUCUCAGGUCGAAAAACUUUGCAGACUUCUCCACUAAACUCCGAGACCUCGUCAGCCAGUACGACAUCCCCGGAGACAAUGACACGAAAUUCAAACUAUUCACAGCUCUACAACAUCUCUGGAAAGACUUGCGAGCCAUGUCCCAUUUACCCAGGGUUGGAAAAGACGGCAAGCAAAAAAUGGACUCAAUUAAUGACGGCUUGCUCGGUUGCUUAGUGGCCGAAAAAGCAGAUUAUCCUUUGACCAUCCACUUCUACUUGGUCCCAAGCGGCGAAGAGAAUAGAGCCCACGGUGCUCAUUUAGCAGACAGUCAGUCAGCCCGGGUGACUGUGGGCGCCAGUCAUGUGACGCAAAAACUCCAAAUGGCCUCAGUUUUCCAGUUACCUCUACAACUGGACCUGCAAGGUUUUCCCAUGUUGGACCCGCCGAAUGAAGAGUUUCCCGCCUGCUUUGUGCUUCGCUUGCAGCCGUCCAUACCUGUGAUGAAGUCUUUCCUUGAUAAGAUCCACCACAUUACAGAAGUUGUAGUAACGGCCACUGACCUGCAGUGGGGGUCAUUUCCUAAACUUCUGUUGAAAGGCUCAAAAAGUGAGCGUGGCGGCUUCUCCGCUCUGGCUCUCCCCCCGCAAACCUUCGUGUUUCCCGAAGAGGCGUGGAAAGGGCCCUCUCACGCGGGGACGCUGACGGACGCCGUCCCUUUCAGGCAGGCCGCUCACGUGCCGCGAAUCGUGGAGGUACUGCGGCAUCAGUGUGCCAUCAACGCCUUGUUGAAGAGCUGCGCCGACCAAGCUGCAGGUAUGAGGAUGGGCGGUUAAUCUCCUUGAAGGAGCUCAACUGCUUCAGUUUCAGAUCAACAGCAACUUUUUGAAGUACGUCCAGAGAGUGACACCAGCUUUUCUGUGACUUUCCAGCCACCAAAUACGGACUCCCUUGCUGUUUUACUUGUGAGCGUUCCAAAUUCACAUCAGCUCACGUGCCAAUUAUACGGCGUGGGGACGGACGAUUCCUCCCUUGAGGAGCACGUUUCCGGCAUCAUUGAGCGGUGCAUGUCUAUCCCGCUGGCCGUCCAAGCAUUGUACAGAAAGUUGAAGCCUCCCGCUGACCUUUGA